GCGAAAAGGCAAGCUGAGGCCACUAAAACAGAUAACGGCGCAGAGAGCCGAUAGCUCUCGGUACGCACAGGAAAAUAUGCGCGUUUUAAAAACAAAGAAGACGUCUGAACCAUAACACAGUCAAGAGUUAAAGGCGUUAUUUUCCCACCCGCCCCUCGUGAAAUUACAUUUCACGCAACAGGCUGCAAAACCAAUGUGGAGUCUAAGCUGAAGAACAGUACCACCUGUAACACCGUGCCCGUGCUUCCGACUUUCGUGCCGAUGCCGAGAAUGAAGAAGCAAAACGUCCGGACCUUGUCGCUCAUCCUCUGCAUGUUCUCCUACUUGCUGGUGGGCGCUGCGGUGUUUGACGCGCUGGAAUCUGAGUCGGAGAGCUCCCGUCGGCGCAUCUUGGAGCAGAAGCGCAACGAAAUGAAGAAGAAGUACCGCUUCUCCGAGGACGACUACCGCGAAAUCGAGAGAGUAGUGCUGCAAGCUGAGCCCCAUCGCGCCGGGAGACAGUGGAAAUUUGCUGGCUCUUUUUACUUUGCCAUAACAGUAAUCACUACCAUUGGUUAUGGACAUGCAGCCCCUGGAACAGAUGCUGGAAAGAUCUUCUGCAUGUUCUAUGCUGUACUCGGCAUUCCUCUCACUUUGGUUAUGUUCCAGAGCCUGGGAGAGAGGAUGAACACAUUUGUCCGCUAUCUCUUACAUAAGCUGAAACAAUGCCUGGGCUUUCGACGCACUGAGGUGUCCAUGGAGAACAUGGUCCUGGUGGGCUUUUUGUCCUGCAUCGGAACACUGUGUGUGGGCGCCGCAGCCUUUUCCCACUUUGAGGGAUGGAGCUUCUUCCAUGCUUACUACUACUGCUUCAUCACACUCACCACAAUUGGCUUUGGGGACUUUGUGGCUUUGCAGAAAAAAGAGGACCUCCAGGAGAAAACGCCCUAUGUCGCUUUCAGCUUUAUGUACAUUCUGGUAGGAUUAACUGUUAUCGGGGCAUUUCUUAAUUUAGUGGUGCUCCGUUUUCUCACCAUGAACACUGAGGAUGAGCGACGGGAUGCACAAGAAAGGGCUUCAAUGAAGAGAGACAGAGGCCUUUUGGAUGGGACCCUGGGCCUUGGUGUUUUAGGGGAACAAAGCAGAGAUAGCCACAGUGAGAGGAACAGGAGCAACAUGGUGCACAGCCAUAGCACACUUUUCCUCCCGAUGGAGGAAGGAACCAGUCGCACCAACCUCAUCUCUUCUCCGGUGGAUCAGGAAAGACGAAAAAGCCCCUGCAGGCACAGGUUGCAUUUCCAGAUAAAGGCAGGCAGAAGCAGACAGGAGUCGAGCCUUAGCUCCCUCUGUUCCUGCAUGUGCUACCGUUUAGAGAUUUGCGAUAGCCCUCUUAUGUCCCACAGUGAACAUCGUGGCUGCCACGUUAAUUCUGUUUAUUACAACUCAGUUUCCUACAGGAUUCAGGGCUGUUCACCAAGUUCCAGGGACAACACUGGACUAACUUCGCCAGGAAGCAGGAUCUCACUUGGCCAUAGUUUCCGGGAGUUCCCUCAUUUACGAAGAAAGUCAGUAUAAGGAGCAUUAUUGUGUUUGCACAAACUGUAAACAGUAUUUUCAGAGACACUGUAUUUUGUGUUACUUCUCCUUUGUGCAUGAAGACAAUAGUUCUGUUUAGUAAAUAAGUUGUCUGUUGUGGCUAUUGAAAAUAAUUUUAUUUCUAAAGCGAGAAGGAUUUUUUUCUUUUUUUCUUUACUUUCACUGUUUUUUUUUCUGUUGGUGAUUCUGCUGUUUUGCAUGCAUGUUAGGCACAGUGCAGUGCAUGCUAAAGAGAAUGUAUAGCACAAAAGGUGACUGCACGAGUGCCAUGUAAAGAUGUAAAAAGUCAGCCUUUUUAACCUACACUUUUAAUCAAAAGUAUUUUGGCUAUGAGGGUUAUGACUGUAUAACUGUUUGGUGAAGAUAUGUGAACAAUCCUCAGUGGAAUUUGCUCCUGGUUUGGAGAGAAUUUAAUUUUUCGUGCCAUAGAUGGAAGAUGUCAUAAAAAAAUAAAAUAAAAUUCCCCACUUGCCCCUGUGGGCGGCCAAUCCUUCAAGCUCGGGUCCUCUACCAGAGGCCUGGGAGCUUGAGGGUCCUGCGCAGUAUCUUAGCUGUUCCCAGGACUGCGCUCUU